AUCAUUACAACUCGGCCGAGUCAAAAUUUCGCAUUUAAAAAAAAGCUUGAAAACUCAGAGGCGAAUCGUUGGAUCGUAGCUCAAUGGAGACGACGGGAGGGAUUAUCAGGCGCGGCGGGGCAGCCUACGCCCUCUUAGGCCUCCUUCUUCUCAGCACGCUGAGCCGUAUCUCGGCGCUAUCGGUCACGGUGAACGACGUCGAAUGCAUAUACGAGUACGUCUUGUACGAAGGCGACACCGUUUCGGGGAAUUUCGUCGUCGUCGAUCACGAUAUCUUCUGGAGCUCCGAUCAUCCCGGCAUCGACUUCACGGUUACAUCACCAGCAGGUAAUUCUGUGCACACUUUGAAAGGAACAUCUGGGGACAAGUUUGAGUUUAAGGCCCCUAGAAGUGGAAUGUACAAAUUUUGCUUCCACAACCCGUAUUCUACACCGGAGACAGUCUCUUUCUACAUUCAUGUUGGCCAUAUUCCCACUGAACAUGACCUUGCGAAGGAUGAACAUUUGGACCCCAUUAAUGUCAAACUUGCUGAACUGAAGGAAGCUUUGGAAUCUGUGACUGCAGAGCAGAAGUAUUUGAAAGCUCGUGAUACUCGUCAUCGGCAUACAAACGAGAGCACGAGAAGGCGUGUCAUAUUUUACACAGUUGGGGAAUACCUUUUGCUCGCUCUAGUAAGCGGACUUCAGGUAGUCUACAUACGUCGCUUGUUUAGUAAAUCGGUUGCGUACAACCGUGUUUGAUCAAACUGCUAGCUACAUUCCUCUCCUCAAAUCUGGUCUGAUUGUUGAGCUGGGGAAGAACAUGGUGAUUGGUGCGGUUUGUACAACAGAAAUGGUUUUUUUUUUUUUUUUUUUAAAUGCCCUUGUUGUUUAAAAAUCACUGAGCAAACUCCCAAGUUAUACCUGAUUUAGUUAGAGGAUCUUGAUUAAUGUAAUUUAUUUCAAUUAGUUGUUGAAUGAUGGUCAGAUUUUUGCUUCUCCUAUACUCAGGAUUUAAAUUUAGUAAACCCUUUUAACUUUCUACCA